AUGGAGAACGCCGACGUCCCCAACGGAGCAGCGGCGCCGGCGCCUACCCAGGCGACCCCGGUGGUGAGGGAGCAGGACCGGCUGAUGCCCAUCGCGAAUGUGAUCCGCAUCAUGCGUCGCGCGCUCCCUGCCCACGCCAAGAUCUCCGACGACGCCAAGGAGGCGAUCCAGGAGUGCGUGUCCGAGUUCAUCAGCUUCGUCACCGGCGAGGCCAACGAGCGGUGCCACAUGGAGCACCGCAAGACCGUCAACGCCGAAGACAUCGUGUGGGCCCUAAACCGCCUCGGUUUCGACGACUACGUCGUGCCCCUCAGCGUCUUCCUGCACCGCAUGCGUGACCCUGAGGCGGCGACAGGUGCUGCCGCUGCAGGCGACAGGCGCGCCGUGACGAGUGCGCCUCCCCGCGCGGCCCCGCCCGUGCUCCAUGCCAUGCCGCUCCAGGCUCAGAUGCAGCAACCGAUGUACGCGCCUACGGCUCGAGUGCAGGUUCAGAAUCAGAUGCAGCGGCCAGUGUACGCGUCCCCAGCUCCGAUGCAGGUUCAGAAUCAGGUGCAGCGGCCCAUGUACGCUCCCCCGGCUCCGGUGCAGGUUCAGAUGCAGCGGGGCGUCUACGCGCCCCGGGCUCCGGUGCAGGGGUACGCCGUCUGGAUAACGUCCGUGCGGGCCAACGCCGGCGGGCAGUGCCAGGUGUUCGGCGGAGAAAGUGUCGUGGCCCAGCAAUACUACGGGUACGGGUACGGGUACGGGCAAGGUGCGUACGGCGCAGGUAGCAGCAACGUAGCAGCCUGUGCCGACGAGGAGAGCUCGUCCAACGGCGUGACGGUGCCGGGGGAGGGCACGGGGGAGCCGGAGCCAACGCCAGCAGCAGAAGAAUCGCAGGACAAGCCCGUCCAAUCUGGCUAG